GCACAGCUAUUUCUUCGCAGCCCUGUUUAGUCGCCUUGGCGACUAUGUGGGCCAUUUAAAACUGUCAAUUUUUAUUAACAAUCGUGCAGUUGUCAGGUCUCCUUCCUGUAAACGAAGUUUUUUUCGAUAAUUCGUGUCGUAUGCGUAGUAACAGUGAAUAUCGUAGGAUAUACUGAAGACAGUGUCAGUGCCCAAUCUUUUUUACGUGUGAGGAAACGUGCGAUGAAAAUCUUUCUGUAUUCAAAAUCUACAGGAUUUUCUCUCGCAUAAAACUCGUCCCGUUUGUCGGGACGUAUGGUGAUCACGAGGAUGGACGAAGUACCGAAGAUUCAAUUUGCUCUAGGAAGUGAAGCUUCACCUGGACACUUCUUCGAGAGUAACUUUGCUAGGUCCUUUGUCAAUGGUUAUCGUGACACUAAAUCACUCAAUUUUGGAUACGAUGAUCAUGGAACCAUCAUUGAGGAAGUUGAGAGCAUAUUUAAUGAUACCAAGAACAACAACUUUUAUUCCUUGAAUGGCUUUCAGAACGGAAAUGAUAACGCUAAGAUAUGGUUACCUGAGGACGAGAUAAAGUUGCAACGAACUUCUGAAAGCAGCGAAUUGAAGGAUCUCCGUAAGCAAUGCCAGGCACUUACGGAGGAGAACAAACGUCUGCACAAUUGUCUCACCUCGAACGAAGUUCCCCACGUUCGACUAGUAGAUAACGUCUGUCUGCAGAAUCAAGUGGACAUGCUUCAGUGGCGAGUUAAUCAGAUGGAAAUCAAUCGGCAGAUGUACAGAUCACUUUUGGACCAGGUCCUCCGCUUCCUGGACAGAACGCGCAAGAGCCUUGACAUUCUUCACGAGAAGAACAACCCCAAGGGAAAGAAUUCACGGGUCCCACGCAGUCGUAGCGUGCAUGCCGUGCACGCUGAAGCGUCAGGAACUCGUGGGACCUCAUCGUCGCUGAUCGAUGAUUCCAGUUUCACCAGGGCUAAGUCAGUUACGCAGAUAGCGCCGUCUAAUAGUGGCGCCAGGGAUUUCACCUGGUCCGUCCUGAGACGCAAUGAUCCAGCUCACUGUACGCCUCCACGUGGAAAGCCACCACAGGACUCGAACAAGUCUCACGAAGGGAUCGCGUACCGUAGACCUAAGCAGCUUGAACUGAAUCCUGAUGAUGUGCCACCGGAGAAGCUGUCCCAGGAAGCCUUUCGUUUGAUGAGAACCGUGCAGUCUCUGCUUGCUGUCAAGGAGCCUGACCUAGCACGCGUUCCACAUUCUGAAGAUAAUGUGUCCCCGUCACCGGUCGAACAGGAUAUGACGUCACAGGCCAACUUUGCUAACAAUAGAUCCAGCCAGGAGUCUCCCUUCAAUGUCAGCGAACGUGGAAGUUCAGGAACGGACUCAGUAUCCGAGAAAGCCUUCUCCAGAAAGGAUAGUGGUACCACUCCGUUACCCGGUAUGCUACCAGGUGCUAGAAGAUCACUGGAUGCGACCUCCUUGAAUUCUGGAAGCAGUAAGACCACGGAAACCACUGAAGAGGAUGAUACUGAUACCUUGACUUUGAACCAGGCAGACUUCACGAGGAUACCCACUUCGACGCCGAUUCGUUGUAAAAAAAGUAAGGACCUCAAAAUACGACCUAAACCUACGACUAGCGCGAGCAGUGCGGAGGAUGAGAGCGGAUUCUCAUCGAUAAGCUCUUCCUAUCAGGAGGUUGGACUUCCUGGAGCAUCCACGCCAAUCAAGGGCUGUCAUACGGAAGUCGGACUACCGGAAGUUCCCUUGGAUAAGAUCCGUCAUCGUCGAUGGACCUCGACUCCUGCUGAAAUGGCGUACCUUAACAAGAAUCACAAUGCUACUUUCACCGCCACUCAGGGUACCACGGAAUCCCUCAGGGUUCUCUGGGUCUAGUGAUAUAUUUUAAUAGACUUAUUGAAUAUCCCGGGGAUGAAAGUGUACAUAAUAUUAUAUGAUCCCGGUUAAGAAUUUACACGCAGCAAUGGAAAAGUGUCUUUCUGCAUGUAUUUUUCACUUUAAUUGGCGCCGAUGACUCUUUAUUGAUCCGAGGUUAAGAAAAAGGAGAAAAAGUACCAAAAAAAAAUAAUAUAAAUAUAAUAAUAAACUCCCUGCGAUUAUUUAACCGUGAUGCUCACCAUCGUCACUACUUCUAAUGUAAUGGAUUUAAGCGUAAUUAUCAAAUCAAAAUCCUCUUAGUAAAAAAAAACUGUAUCCCAAAUGUCGUAUAUUUAGAAAAAUUGAGGACAAUUCAUAUUUUGCUGUCGCCUUGUAACUCUUCUCAACAAGUUUGUACAUAGUUUUAAAAAAUGAGUUGAGCCGAGACACAAAAAAUGAUAUCAUGGUUCUUCGCAGACUAUUAUUAUUGCUACGUUGCCCAAAAACAUGAACUUGGCCUCUACGAGAGAAUACCAAGAACAAACAAGAGUAUCCGGUGAAUUAAUAUUAUUCACUAAUUGUCAAGCAUGUAAUUUUCACUAGUUAAAAAGAAAACUGACUUAUCCCUCUCCCCCCAAAGUUAUUCGCCAAAUUUUAGCGUAGAUCCAACUUUCCCCAGUUUCCCCCCAGCGGAAUCUCCUCGUCAUUGUCACGCGAAAGUAGCCCCGUGGACCAUGCGCAAGAGUCGACCAUUUGUCAUAGAUGAUUUUUACACGAUUUAUCAUGAGGUAUCGUUAAACUUUUAGCAAUAUAACAAAAAUACGUAAAUUUGUGAGAAUGCGAACAGUGUUUGCGAAUAGCGUACUGGUGCUGAAUAAUUUGUCUGCUGGAUGCGUGAUGUUCUUCUUUUUUUUCUUGUAUUAUACAGAGUAACGCGUAUUUCAUGCUAGCGUGAAAUACAGGUAACUGUAAAAAGUCAUUGGUAAGCCGAUGAGAGUGUGAGAGAGAAAGAGAGAAAAAAAGAGAAAGGAAUUUUCUCGGAUCAUUGAUUAUUGAAAUAAGGGCAAUGUCUUAGCGUCGUCUACACUUCUAUCGACAAAAACAAUGAUUAAGAGAAAGGAGGAUAACAGAGAUAAAUCAGUCAUUAGGAUUAUCAUAAUGAAAUUUAUAAAAAUCAGACAAGACUAUCAUUGUUAUUCCUUUUCUUCGUUUGCGACAAUAAAAGAGGAUAAAAAGAGAACAGCGCUUUUUUUAACAUCUUAAUACGCUCCACGUACGUUCAAAAUCAUAUAUAAAUGAAUUAUGUGCAUAGAAAAAAAAAGAAGUCCCAUAAUACAUUGGGACCAAGUGUAUAACUUGUGCUUUUGUCGAACGUCCUCCGUCGCGAUGCGCUCAUUGUCGGUGAAGAAAACGUCAUCAUUUUGUAAUACUUAAAAUUGACAUAGUUUCGGAUAAAACUUCAUAGUCAUAAAAUAUAAUUCUGUAUGUUUCUUAAA